AUGGCGCCAAAUCUAUAUCUUUUCUUUAUGUUAGCCCUCGUCGCCUUCUCUGGAUCUCCUGCAGCGGCAUCAAAUUCCAAGUUAUGCUCGAUUGCCGUGCUCUCCAAAGCGCUUCCUGAGAAUGCAACUAUUUUGUCCACCGACUUCAUCUCACCCGGGCAAUCACACGGCGAGGGCGCGGCUAAUCCUGCAUUUCCAACCAACCCUACUGAUCUGCCAGCCACCUGUGCUGUACUGGUAAAUGUGACCACCUCCGAGACGUCCUCCUAUCGAUUCGGACUGUUCUUACCCAUUACCACCUGGAAUGAACGCUAUCUAACAGUCGGUAACGGCGGAUUUUCGGGCGGCAUCAACUGGCUUGACAUGGGUGCUGGCGUGCGCUACGGCUUCGCAGUCGCAUCCACUGAUAUGGGACACAACUCAACCAUGACUGAAAUUGCCUGGGGGCUGAGACAGCCUGAGAAACAGCUCGACUUUGGCUUCCGUGCGACCCAUGGCACCACUGUCAUCUCCAAGCAACUUACUGAGACUUUUUAUGCAUCCAAGAUCAAGUAUUCUUACUACUCCGGUUGUUCGACAGGUGGACGCCAGGGCCUCAAAGAUGCGCAGCUCUUCCCGGAUGAUUUUGACGGCCUGCUCAUCGGAGCUGCGGCAUGGUGGACGACACACCUUCAGACGUGGACCGCCAAAGUGGGAUUGUACAAUUUGCCUCAAGAGGCUUCCAACCACAUUGAUGCCUCUCUAUAUCCCUCCAUAGCUGCGGAUAUUGUUGCUCAGUGCGAUGCAUCAGAUGGUGUCACUGAUGGUAUCAUUAGCGCUCCCCACGAGUGUAGGCUCGAUUUGGAUCGUUUGCUUUGCAACACUACCAACACUUGUAUUAGCCCAGAACAGGCGCAGACUGUACUGAACAUACACUCGAACUACACCAUAAACGGUCAAUUUACGUUUCCAGGCUUGGAAAUUGGAUCUGAAAGCGAAUGGAAUGUGUUGUUAUCUGGUCCGGAGCCCGCACCACUGGGUGUUCAGUACAUCCAGAACAUGUUGCUUGAUGAUCCCCAGUGGCCGUGGCAGAACUACACAGACUCCCUUGUUGCCUUGGCCGAUGACGAGAACCCUGGAGAUAUCACUGCUGAUGACUUCGCUGCUAUGUCCCAGUAUUUGUCAAACGGGGGUAAAGUGCUCAUGUACCACGGAAUGGCCGAUGGGUUGAUUCCAACUGGUAGCUCGACACACUUUUACGAGUCAGUCGCCCAUGAAAUUUCAGGACACAGCAAUAUCUCUGAUUCGUUCCGAUUAUUCCUAGUACCGGGCCUCCAUCAUUGUGUUGGUACUUCAGUUGACGCACCUUGGUAUUUCGCGGGCGCCAAUCAAGCUGGUACUCUUGGAACCUCCAUCCUCUCGGUGCCAGGAUUUGCAGAUUCGAAACAUGACGCUUUGAUGGCUCUCAUGGAGUGGGUAGAGAAUGGCAGGACUGUUGAGACUAUUGUGGCCACCACAUGGAUCAAUGUUACCGAUUCGACGUCGGAUGUUCUACGCCAGCGUCCACUCUGCCCAUAUCCCACACGUGCGAGCUUGAAGAAUAGUGAUAUCAUGAACUCCGCUGACGCAUGGGUUUGUGAGUAG